AAACACAAUAUAACAAGAGAGAGAGAGAAAGUGUCUUUUAUUGUUGAGGAAAGAAAAUUAGUCUAAAGAGAAAAAAGGAAGACUUGAAGGCACAAACAGGUGCACUUUCAACAAAUGCUAGUACGUACAAAGUCACAAAAACAAAAGCAAAUUACUAGUAAUCCUUUUCAUUCUUUCCACCAUAGCCUUGUUUUUCACUCCAACAACUUUGCUUUCUCCAAAAAUUCUUCUUCAAUGGAAAUGACUUCAAGAAUUCAAGAUAGAGAGAACCACCAAUUACCCAUAAACUCACCAAGAAGCAAUAAUGGAGCAAGUCCAACAAGCAACAACAGCAAUGGAUCAGUUAUCCAAAAUCCAACACCACCAUUAACUCCCAAAACAAUUUCAACUAGAUCUGAAACAACUAACCCAUAUCCAACAACCUUUGUUCAAGCUGACACUAACUCCUUCAAACAAGUUGUUCAAAUGUUAACCGGAUCCUCAGAAACAGCAAAACAAGCAUCCGUGCCAGAUCUAUCCUCAUCUUCAAACUCAAAUUCAACAAAAAGUUCAAUUCCACCUAUCCGAACAGCCCCAAAAAAACCAGGUUUUAAACUGUAUGAAAGAAGAAACAGUUUAAAAAAUGGGCUCAUGAUUAGUCCAUUAAUACCUGGAAUUCAUGCUCAUAAUUCAAGUUCUAGUUUUUCUCCAAGAAACAAGCCAGAGAUUUUGUCACCAAGCAUUCUUGAUUUUCCGUCACUUGCUUUAAGUCCAGUUACGCCGUUAAAUGAAGACACGUUUAGUAAGUCUUCUUCGCCUUUAACGACGAAUAAUGUUAGUGAAGAAGAUAAAGCUAUUGCUGAGAAGAAGUUUUAUUUGCAUCCUUCACCAAGGAGAACACCAAGAGAUAAUGAGCCACAGCUAUUGCCUUUGUUUCCUGUGAGUUCACCGAGAGUUUCUGGAUCGAAUUGAGAAUUAUCAUUAUUCUUAUGGGGUUGAAUUGGUGAAGGUGAAUUGUUAUGGUUAUAAUGGAAUUGAUGUUAUGUUGAUUUGUGCUGUGUUGGAGGAGGAGAUUUUUCAGGUAAUUUGAAGAGAGAAAAAAAGGUAAGGUAGAGAUCUUUGUUUCAAUUGUAUAAUUUGAUCUCCCUUCAUCCAUUGUUUCAAGAAAAGAGAUUAAAAAAAAAAAGUACAAUAAACAACUUUGUUUCA